GUUUUAGUAUUUUCCCCUCAUAAUUUGAGACUCCCUCCAGAAUUCCCCCAAUUCCUUCCCUCCAUAUGUAUCGUAUCUCUUUACCCCAAUUUCUAUUUCCCACAGUUCCUUCCCCCAAUUCUUUCUAUUUCCCUCAAUAGGCAACGAACUCCCAAUUUUCUAACUUUAAAUUCUUCUAUUUCUCCCAAUCUGUUUCUCUGGCUAGAAGAAUCGAGAUUCAAAUCAUAAAUUCAUUUAGCAGCUUCAAUAAUCUUCAGUUAGCCGAGAGAUCAAAAACUGCUGGUGAAGCUAUUGGGAUCGAGGUCGACAGUAAAACAUUUGAUGAGUAUUUGGGACAUUUUAAGUCCUAUGUGCGGAACACGUCAUAACCAGAAGGGUCCAUAGCUGAAGGAUACCUAGCUGAAGAGGCUCUCACUUUCGGUUCUCAGUAUUUUGAAGGGAUUGAAACAAGAAUCAAUAAGCCCCGUCGUGUUGAUGAUUAUCCGGAGGAUAGAGUCUCGACAAAUUCAUCUAGCAUUUUUCCACCGGUUGGUAAAGGAGUAGCAAUAGAAACAUUUAAGUUGUCACUUAUAGUGAAACGUCAAGCACAUCGAUAUGUGGUACUAAAUUGUCCACAAGUCAUGUCGUUCAUUGAUGAAUUUAAAGAUCAUGUACGAAGGCACUGGAAGGGUCGAAAGCCUACCGGUACGCAGAUUGAGAAGAUAGUUAAUAAUGACUUCAUUGAUUGGUUUUCCCGAAAGAUUGUGAACCCAGACAUUUUGAAUACUGUAUCAGAUGCCUUAAAGUUUUUAGCAGAUAGUCCAUCACCACAUGCUAGAAGAUUUACAUCAUUUAAUAUCAACGGGUUCAAAUUUCUGACUUUACAGCGAGAGAAUGGAUUGAAAACUCAAAACAAUGAAGUAUUUUUUACUUCAUCCACAUCUUGUAUUGCUAGUGAUGCUGAUAGAAACCUGAGGCAAGCAGAUUUGCCAUAUUAUGAAAAAUUAGAAGACAUCAUUGAACUUAACUACUAUGGUCGAUUUCGGGUUACACUAUUCAAGUGUAUAUGGAAUGACACAACUAGGGAUAGGGGGUUUAGAAUAGAUGCAUGGGGAUUUUCUUCUGUUAAUUUUUCAUUGGCGAUCGUGAAGAGCAUGAUGCAUACAUUGAAGCUUCACAAGCUCAAAUAGUAUAUUAUGUGUACGAUGAGGUGAAUAAAGGUUGAAGUACUGUUGUUCACUUGAAACCAAGAGACUUAUAUGAUAUGGGAGGAGAAGGAGAUAAUGAAUUUCCUGAGAAUGAGUCAUUCCCAGUGCAAGACUUAGAUCAACACUUUGGGGAUGUUAAUGAUCUACUUUUGUGUAGGGAGGAUGAAACUGAUGAAAUAUUAAGUGAUUGCGAUAUUGAAAAUUAGAUUGGCAAAGAUGAACAUAUUUGAAGAGUCA